GGGAAGAUGGCGGCGGAGAGGAUGCUGCUGUGGUUGGUGGCUGUGCUACAGGCGCUGGCGUCUUAUGGUGCAGAGCUCUCUUCAGAAGCAUGCAGAGAUCUUGGCUUCUCCAGCAAUUUAUUGUGCAGUUCCUGUGACUUGCUUGGGCAGUUUGGUCUAAAUGAAAUAAACUCAUUCUGCAGGCAGUGCUGUCAGGAAGAAGUACACCUAGAGUCUAAAAAGAGAUAUCCAGGUGCUGUACUUGAAAUCUGUGGAUGAAAAUUGGGGAGGUUUCCUCAGGUCCAGGCUUUUGUCAGGAGCGAGAAACCUAAACUCUUCAAGGGUCUGCAGAUUAAGUAUGUACGUGGCUCCGAUCCUGUUCUAAAGCUUCUGGAUGAAAAUGGGAACAUAUCUGAAGAACUGAGCAUUCUGAAAUGGAAUACUGAUAGUGUGGAAGAAUUUUUAAGUGAAAAACUAGAUAGAGUAUAAUUUGUCUAAAAAAAAAAAAAAAAAACUUAGCAUUAUUUUGUUUUGCAUUUCUAAAAUUAAUUGGCAACAUUUUAUUUUUAAAUGAUAAACAUGGAGUAGCCUAGCCAUUGGCACUUAAGAUUUACAAUUGCAGCUGUCUAUGAAUUGGAAGUUUGCUAGUGAAUAGUAGGAUACAACGCUUUCCUCUGGAGCAUUCUUUCAUAAUUCUUAAUAUAUCUAAUAUCAUCUUUAAGUAGCCUAAAUAUGUAGGGUUAAUGUGCUAAGAAACUUAACACCCCCACCCUUUAAAGAACUAUGCGAUAGUUGUAAGAAGAGCCUCCAUCCAGCCAACUGUUAACUGACAAUCAAUGUCCCGAGUGUUUAUCCGGUGUGUUCCGUCGAUAUGGGCUUUAACACCACUUUUUUUUAUCUUUAUACAAAUGGGUAUUCACGCACAAGAUCAAGACCCAUCUAGCAUUGCCCAAGAAGGUUUCUUAAAUCUGCUUAAUACAGCCCUUUUCAAAUGUGGUUCAAUGAGUAGGGCUUGGGCCAAACAGGCUCAAAACUGCAGAAGCUUUGCUGCAAGGUUUAUUCAACACUGGGUGUUGAAUAAACCUUGCAGCAAAGCUUCUGCAGUUUUGAGCCUGUUUUGUCCACAACCUUUACAGAAAUUGCAGUCUAUUGGCUUCUAAGUGGGACAGAAGCAGUGGCGCAGGCAAGUAAUGGUGUAAUUGGUAUCAACUUUUAUUAUUUUUGGGUCAAACAUACCUUAUCUGUUUUAAUACGGAUAUUUUUUUUCUUUCUUGCUAAAUAGGCAAAAGUGUAAAAUUAUAGUCCUAUUCUACUUCCUGGAUUACAAGCGCUCUGUAUAAACAAACCCCUCUCUUCCCAUUGCAAGCCUUUGGUAGGCUUUUUGAUUAAGAUCAGCUCAUUCUCCAGAAACCUCGCAGGAGACGGUUCUCUCAGUUCAUACUUUAGAUACAGUGGCUGUUAAAAUACUCUAUUUAAAUAAAGAAUUCUAAAGGAAUGCCAUAAACGUUUAGCGGAGACAAAUGAUGCAAAAUGGCUGCAAACUAUCUUAACUCUCCAUAUGUAAACUGUGGUGAAAGUUUUUGACUCAAACAAAUUGAUUGGACAAAUUUAGGGUGAGGUUGCCAAACCUAGUCUUGUGAGCUAGUGCCAUUAUCUUUUUAUUUUUAUUGUGCUUUUCAACAAUGAUAGGAAGCCAUUGUCUGUGCACCAUGCCAUAAACACAGGGUGGUAUUCAGUAACCAUUUGUCAGCGCCGCACUCUUAAACACGUUGUCUCGGUUACACUUCCUUUACAAUGAUACAAGCCUUAACUCAAUAUUUUUAUGUUAAAGGGAAAACAAUCUCAAGUUUUUGCCUCUAGCCCCAGGGCACAUGCCCCUAAUCAAUGUUUCCUCCAAUUUCCUUUUUGCCAUGGACACCGGUUUUUGUGUGUGCCUUAAAAACAAAGCAGUGUGUGCAGAGAUGUGGGUGAAUCUGAUUAAGUGCUAAAUUAUAUUAUCUCAUUUAAUAUUGCAGGGAUAACAAUUUGUGUGUGCUCUCCCCAAUCUUUGUGUGAGUUCAUGGCUUGAUGGAUCAUUAACUGUUUUACCUGUUUAAGCUUUCACCACUUAUCUUAUACUUUGUUGCAUGUCCUGAGCUGCACAGUGUGUCUGGUAGCCACCAUUGGCUGCAUCACUGUUCCAGCCGUGGCCUCCAUGAUUAGGAGCAUGUGCACGUGGCCAAGGUCUGCUUCAAGUGAGUGUGCACCACUCACUGAGACAGACAACCAAAGAUAGUGGCUGCCCUGUUGAGUAAGAGGGGUUGAGUUGCAGGGGGAACCGCUAUAAGUGAUUCAGUUAAGAGAAGGGCCAGGAGGUCAGUGAACUGGGGCUAAAGGCAGAAACUUGAUGGUAUAAUAGCCCUUUAAAAAAAAAACAACCAAAAAAACAAACAAUUUCACCCUGUCCUUUGGUGCCCUUAAUGCUUCCAUGGGCAUUUUUGUAUUUCUGGAUUUUUCUAACUCUUUGUGUCUUGCAAAGGCAGGACCCAUGAUGAAUGUGCUGUUUUGUUAUAAAGAAGGAACUCUGGUUUGUUGCAUUAGGCGUAACACAUUCAGCCCAUACACGUUUGUGAAGACUACACAGAAAACCUUUCAUGGGCUUGUGGAGGUCUGAUGUUUUGUGUGAUGUGUUUGAAUGUCUGGUCCUAUUGCAGCAAAUCUGAGUUAGAAAGGCUGAUUUGUUGAUGAAAGUAAUAAAAACAAAUAAAAUUCUCAAAUGAUAA